GGCGGAGUGCUGCCGACCGCGGCAGAGUCCGAGGAGAGCGAGGAGAGUGGUCCCCGCGGUGCCGCAGCUGCCGCCUCGCUCCCACGGGUCGCGAUGUCGCUGUGCGUGAUGUGCGCCUGGCUGCUGCUGCCGCUGGCGCUGCUGGCGCUGCUCGUAGCGCUCGGCGUGGUGCUGCUCGCCAGGCACGGCGUGCUGCCUUUCGGCGCCUCCGCCGAGCACAACCCGUUCAAGACGGACACGCGGCGCGAGCCCGCGGCCCUGACCAUCGAGAAGGAGGCGCGGGAGAAAGUGAUCCGCCAAGGAUUUGUGGAGAGCCGCGUUCCGAAGCAGCUGGAUGCCGUGGUGGUGGGAAGUGGCAUUGGAGGACUCACAACGGCGGCGCUGCUGGCCAAAGCUGGGCGUCGUGUGCUGGUGCUGGAGCAGCACACUCGUGCUGGGGGCUGCUGUCACACCUACCAGAAAAAGGGCUUUGAGUUCGAUGUAGGGAUACACUACAUUGGGGAGAUGCACAAGAACUCCGUGUCUCGUACACUCAUCGACCAGCUGACGGACGGGCAGCUGCAAUGGGUGGAGCUGGACGAUCCGUUCGACACGGUGGUGUUCGGAGACCCCGCUGCCCCGCGCCUCGUCGUGCCGCUCUACAGUGGGAGGCGCCGCUUCUGGGACGAGCUGCACGCCGCCUUCCCCAAGGAUACAAAAGCAAUUGACAAGUUCCACUCCCUCCUGCAGGAGGUGCGCAAGGGGUUUCUCUAUUCACCGCUACUGAAGAUGCUGCCUCUGUGGCUGUCCAAGCUGCUCAUUCGCGUGGGCAUCAUCGACCGGUUGACCUCCUACUUCCGUCUGUCUUCGCGUAGCCUCUCCUCUGUGCUCGCCGAGAUUACCGACAAUGCAGACCUUCGUGCCGUCAUGGCCUACAACUUUGGGGACUACGGUUGCCCUCCCAAGGACACAAGCUUCGUGAUGCAGGCGAUCCUCAUCAACCACUUUGUGCAGGGCAGCUGGUACCCGGUGGGGGGCGCCAGCGAGAUCGCCAUGCACAUCAUCCCCGUGAUCCAGCGCGCGGGCGGCGCCGUGCUGGUGCGUGCGCCCGUCUCGCGCAUCCUGCUCGACUCGGGCGGCCGUGCCUGUGGAGUGAUGGUGAACAAAGGAGGCGAAGAGGUGCAGGUUAAUGCCCCCAUGGUCAUUUCGGACGCUGGCAUGUUUAACACCUACGAGGUUCUGCUUGCGGAGGAGAAGCUGGCAACUGCAGGAGCUCGUGAGCAGCUGAGUCGACUGCAGCACGGCAUAGGAGCCUUCACCGUGUUUGUAGGACUCGACGGAACCAAGGAACAGCUCAAGUUGAAAGCUGCUAACGUGUGGCUGUUCAAGGAGAAUGACCUCGAUGCCAGCUUCAGCAGGUUCAUGGCGCUCUCCAAAGAAGAGGCAGCUGAGGCGGAUGUCCCCAUGCAAUUCAUUUCCUUCCCCUCUGCCAAGGACCCCUGCUGGGAGCAGCGCUAUCCUGGAAAGUCCACGCUGGCCAUAGUGACGUUUGCUCCCUACGAGUGGUUUGAGGAGUGGAAGGAUGAGCACGUGAAGAAGAGAGGGGAGGAGUACAUGACGUUCAAGAUGGCCAUGGCACGGCGCUUGUUGGACAGUGCCACAGACUUGUUCCCUCAGAUCCGAGACAACAUUGAGUACAUCGAGGCAGGGAGUCCACUCUCCCAUCAGCACUACAUCGCAUCCCCUCGCGGGGAGAUUUACGGCAUCCACCACAACCUGCCGCGCUUCAGUGCUGAAACCACAGCAGUUCUGCGUCCGGAGACCUCCAUCCCCAACCUGUAUCUCACAGGCCAGGAUGUGUUGACCGCAGGAUUUACGGGAGCCAUGUUCGGAGGUCUGCUGUGCGCAUGGCGUGUGCUCAACCGCAACAUCUACUGGGACCUCCUGUCUCUGCGCAACAAGAUCUCGCCCAGGCAGCACAGCAAGCAGGGCUAGUGCUCCAUGCCCUGCUUGUGCACUGCCAUCGAGGGAAAUCCCUUUUACAAGUGGCCCUGCUCUCUGCCUCUCUGGUGCGCAUACGUGCGCAUGUUGAACGCCUUUUGCACAGUUCGUAGCCAACCGUGCUACUCGGAGGUGCGGGGGAAGGACAAGAGAAGUGAGAUUCUCUUCCUCACACGAGGUCACAGUGAUCACCAACACGACUUGGAAAUGAAUGAAACAUGCCUCUUCCCAUUGUGAGGAUAAAUUGGCCUUCCUAAGCAGCAGCCAGUUAUGAAAAUGUUCAGAUGUUUCUACAUGAAUUAUCAAUGCAGGACCUGGUUUACGAAUGUGUUUAAAUGUGCACCUUAACGCAUUGCUGAUCUAUAUAUCGUCUGGGUAUAUGGAUAUCCAGAAAUGUGGUGCUGUGAUUAGAGUAUGCAGCUGAAUGGGUUUGUAAAUUCAAAUCUCGGGUGGAGGUUAACGCGUCCCAUCCUCUGGGGCCACCAGUGGACAUGAGCAACCCCUCAUUGGUUGUUGGUGCAUGGAGAGGACUGGAAAAUUCAAACCAGUUGCACAAGACGACCCAUGAGAUUAGAACUCCAAUAAUCUGUGUUGAAAUGGGGAGCAAGGCUAUAUUGCAGACCCGGUAAUCCGUGCUGCAGCGCCUCGGUCAGACUUAUAAUCUUCACAAAGAAUAUUUACGCUGACCCAGAGUGCCACGGAUUAUGGGAGAAUUGGCCGCAGCGAUUUUAUUAAUCCGCAAAUACCUUGCCAAUUCCUGAGAAAGUGCAGCACACGACUAGGUGAUAAGAAUUUCGAAGAUCCAUAUGGCGCAAUUAUGCUAUGCGCGUCUCUUGAUAAACUAAACAAAUCAUGUUGGCAGAGUUAGUCUAUGCCACAUGAACAAAAACACAAUCUUAUCCCUGCAUUUCCCCAGGCGCGAUCUCUGUCCAGCUCCACAUUAGCCCCUCCCUGCGGAUCGUGGUUUGCGAACCGGCAAAGUAUCCGGUGCCGUAUCUCGCCGAUCAUGGGAGGAGUCGUGAUCCACCAAUAAUCCAACUACAAUUUACAGACGUUCGUGUAUUAUUGACAGUGCACAAAUGAUUGUUUUUUCCGUAUAGACGUUAGCCUCCUACUGGAAUAAGUUGGCAGGAUCCUCCUGAAAAAGUGCCUUGAUUGAUGCAUUCCUGGGUAAGAAAGUGUAAUAGUAAUCAUUCGUGAGUGUCCAAGUCAGAUAAAAGCACGGGCGUGGCUUUUUGAUGACAACUGGGGGUCAACUUGGAUAACUCGAUUAAUCGUAAUAAAGCAACCAGCUAUCACGUGCGCAAUUUGUAAUCGGAAGAUUGCAAGUUCAAAUCUUAGUUGGGGAUUGACUUGGAUUGACUUGGACCAUCAUCCCCCACCUCUUGGCUCAAUAAAGUGAGUACCACUUAGUGGGUGGUUGUCCAAUGAAUCGUAAUCAAACAGGAAAUCUGUAGUUCUUACAAUGCAAUUGAGUUUUUACUAAUGAUUGGUUUUGCUGUCUAGAUUUUUAAUAUUUAUCAGAUGUCAUGAAUUUUCCACACCAUACCCAAAUAAAAACGAUUGGAAAAUCUA